AUGUUCCAAGAAAACUCUUUCUCACAAGCUCUUGGCCAUAUCGAUUUGGAUCUAGCUGAAGUACCCGAAAAGGCAACCCGCCCGCCUCCGCAAGCUGUUGACCCAUAUUCAAGAUUUGGCCCAAUGCCAGAAAUAAGUCACAUAUUCAGACCUCAGGAGACACUUCUUUCUCAACAACUCUCUUACGCUUUCUUGGGUCUCGUUUUUGUUCAAUUUAUGUCAUUUUUGGUCAAGUUGAACAUGCAAGAAGGUUUGGAUGGUAACCCUGCUGUUGCCACAAUGAAAAAUGUUUCAAGGGCUUUUGCUGCUUUUACAGUCCCCCUCACUAUCACCUCCAACUUGUUCUCCCUAGUAUAUGGAUUACUAAUAAAGAAACCCUCAGUGAAGAACUUUCUCCACAUACCCAUAAUCAUACCUCCACCACCAUCUCCCGCUAGUCAAUCAAAGCCAACUUUCUCCUUCUUUGAGGGUUUGAAAAAUAUGUCAAAAAAAAGAAAAGUAGAAUUUUGUAAACUGAUUGAUAACUACAACACCAUACUCAGAAAAAGAGGGACAACUUGGGACAUGUAAUUGGAUUUCUAAACAGGAAACUUGGAUGCUGGGCCACGAAAUGGCAUACAAUGCAGAUGGAAUAAGCUACAACAUCAAUGGAAGUUGUUUCUAUUUUCUAGUAGUGAGACUUAGAAGAUGAUGUUGAUGAUAGUUGUUUCCUCGAAGAAUACAAGAGAAAGAGGUUAGAUGAGAUGAAGCAAACAGUGGAAGUUUGAGCUCGGUAAGUUCGGGCAGCAUCUAUGGUGGUUCGAGCAGCAUCUAUUUCAAUAUUGAUCCUGUGAAAGUCAUCUACUAAAGCAAGGUUGGUGUAAGAGUUGAUGAUGAGAACAUUGUUCCAAGACCUUCAGUGAGUUAUGAUGAUGUCCC